UUUCGGUUUCGUGAGGAGCUGGGCGUUGCUUUUCCAAUGACUCAUGACCAAUUCACACAGACAAAAAGAGAAAUUGAAGGGCUGGGAUUGAUCUAUGUUACAGAACAAGAUAUAACUCUGAAAGACUGAGGCUCCCACCAACUCCAUUGCUUUCCAAGUACUGCCUCAAAAUGUAUGCUGUGUCUGAAUCUCCCUCCAGACCAAUUGAAACUUUUGUCUUCAUGGACCUGGAAGCAACAGGUUUACCCCCCUCACGACCUAAAAUUGCUGAAAUGUGUUUGUUUGCUGUGACUAGGCAUGCUUUGGAGAACCUUCAGUACCGUAAUUCUCAUCCUAAACCUAUUCCUCUCUUCCCUCGGGUGGUAGAUAAGCUCUGUGUCUGUAUUAAUCCAGAUAAGCCAUUCACCCCAAUGGCAAGUUCCAUAACAGGAUUGACUAAUGAAAUGUUUUCAUGGAACAAAAAACAAAAGUUUAACUUAGACAUUCUGCACAUGAUGACAGCUUUUUUCAUUCGUCAGCACCCACCAAUCUGUUUGGUAGCCCACAAUGGCUGCAGCUAUGAUUUUCCGUUGCUGAAAGCUGAACUGUCUGCACUGGGUCUUUCAGGCCUUGAUGGAAUCUAUUGUGCGGACACUUUAAAAGCCAUGAAAGCCCUGGACAAAGAGAACAUCCAGCUAAGUCAGUUUAUAUAUGAAUCUAAGCAAUGUGGCAAGAAGAUGAAAUAUGGACUUCAAGACAUGUAUUUCAGAUUCUACAAAGCAUACCCUCCGAACAGUCACAGUGCAGAAGGAGACGUCAUUACACUAAUCAAUAUCUUUCAACAAAGUGCCACAGAUCUUAUGUGGUGGAUGGAUUCAAAUGCAAGGCCUUUUAAUACCACUAGAGCCAUGUAUCAGGACAGUGAGAGACUACCUGACUUUCUCCAAACGCAUGAGAAGAUUCAACAAAUAUGUCCCAGUCAUUCACAGAUAAGGUCACGGCAACAGGUAACACGACGAUAUUCAUUCAGUCAUGGCGAUACUGAACCAGUGGCUCGCGACUGGGGUCCAUUCCAUCCUAGGACUUCUGACAGCCCUGAUGAAAUCAAUAAUUUGUUGCUUCUGUUUCUUGGGUUAAUAAUAAUCACAUGGAUUGCAUUCGGAAAUUCCUAUAUAAUCUAGGAAUAUGGGUGUCUUUUGAACACUGUACAUCAAAAGUUGCAAGAUCAUACUUUGUGCUUUGAUUUGCGUCUUCCUUUUCCAGAGUUUUGGAUUUCAAGUAUUUUAGAAUGUUGGAAUGCUUGUAUUUUCAUAUACACACAUAAUGAGAUAUCUUGGAGAGCCAAGUCUAAACAUUAUCUUUCAUCUACACCGUAUACCCAUAUCUUGAAAGUAAUUUUAUAGGAAAUAUUUUUAAUAAUUGUGUCCAUGAAACAAAAUUUGGGUACACUGAACUGUCAGAAAGCAAAGGUGUCAUUACCUUAGCCAGACCUGUGGAUGAUUUUGUGUUUCUGAGUAUUUUGGAUUUUGGAAUGCAACCUGCAAAAUACCAGUACUGUUUUCAACUGAAUUGUACAUAUUGCUACUAAUUCAUUUGGUGUUUCUCUGUGCUAUUAUUAUUAUUAUUUCAAGGUGUUGACUUUUGUUCUCAUUCUUACACAACAUUCCAAAUUUAGAAAGUUAGAGUUUAUGACAGUAAAACAAAAAACUUGUAAGAGAUGUAGGGUUCAAAGUAAACUGGGACUUAUGUGAUACUUCGCUAAGGCAAACCCUUAUGACACCAAAGGGAGUCUACUUCUCUCACUCUGUAGUGUUCAGUGCUACCAGCAUUUUGGGCUAUGAUUGUACAAACAACAUUGUUGAUAUUUUCCUGCAGAGUUACUUGAAACCGUAUCAGGAUGUGGCAUGUACACUACAGCUGUGGCUACAGUUGUGGUCACAAUAGCAGUAAAACAUGAAAAAAUAGGCAAUUCUGAUCUAAAAGAAAGUUAUUAUCUGUCUUUGCAUUUUCUUUCAGCAUGGUUUUGAUGUACCUGACCAAAAGUAGCAAAAGAAUACAGUGUUUUAUUAGGUCCAUUUCGGUUGUUUACAUGUUAUAAAAGCAGAAAACUAGCUUCGGGAAAGGUGCCCUAUAAUUGCUUCAACCCUCUGGCUGCAAUAUAUCAGUUUUUUGUGUCAGCCAGAUGCUGAUGUGCUAACAUAUGCCAACACUGGAUUGCAUAAUCUCAGGUAACUCACCAGUGUCCUGCAAAGUCCACGUGGCCUGCUGCCAAUAAAGUUCCUGUAGCAGAUGGAUUUCAUAUAAUAUCCAUAGAUAGAUAAUAAUGUCAAUGAAGGAUGUGAAUAAUUUCUGAUCGUUCCUUGGAUAUUUUCAUUAGCACUCCUGAACAUGGAUAUUUCCCACACCAUAUACAGAUAAGCAAGCAAAUAAGCUACUUUUUAAAGCACUCUGUUGUUUCCAUUUCUACAAGAAAUGUGCCCUCUAGAUUUGUGCUUUGUAACUCGUCUAGUAGCAACUUUACAUUAAAAAUCAUCCCUAUUAUACAUCUUGCAAACUAGAGUCAGUAUUCUGCAUCAACUACUACAAUUAAGAAAAACAAUUAAGAAAAACAUGGACACCUGGAUCUUUAAAUCUUACUUCUAUUUUGUAAACAAUAGCUACUAACAGGAGAGGUAUAUGCAAACUUAUUUAACAUUUUUCACACCUGCAUUAAGUCCAAAAUGACACUGAUGACAAUGGAAAAAGUAUUUUGGUUUUAAAUGUGUAAAAAUUAAUAAUUUUGUACAAAACUUGGAUAGGCAAUUAUUUUGUAUAAAAAUAACAAUGAAAUAACUGUCCAUUG